GGGACUGCGGACGGGACUCCUGUGGGCUCCUUCGAGGAGAGCAAGGAGCUGGUGGACUUCAAGAUGAUCUUCAACAAGCAGAAGCACGACAUCUGUUUCCCCCUCGACGAAACCAUCCUCGAGCUCAAGAAGCACUUCGAAGCCCUCGUCGGUGUUCCUGCCUCCAUGCAGAAAGUUAUGUUUAAAGGUCUGUGCAAAGACGAGAGGACCCUGAGGGACAUCGGGUUCACGAAGGGCGUUAAGGUCAUGGUUGUGGGUUCAACCCUCAACGACGUCUUGGCCGUCAACACUCCCACCGAACAGGAUUCGAAAGAGGAGAAGGCAGCUGCGUCUACGAAAGAACCUCUCUGUAAACAGAAGAUGCAUAAAAAAAUUUUAGACAGGGGUGUUCCGGAGGAUGCAUUACCAGGAAUAAAAAAUGCUAAAGACUCCUUACCUCCGUAUCCCCUCUCGGGGAUGGUCAACAAAUCGGGCGGGAAAGUGAGGCUGACGUUCAAGUUGGAGCUCGAUCAAGUUUGGAUAGGAACGAAAGAACGGACAGACAAAAUUCCCAUGAACUCCAUCAAAACCAUCGUCAGCGAGUCCAUCGAAGGUCAUGAAGAAUAUCACAUAAUGGGCAUCCAACUGGGUACGACGGAAGCCUCGAGAUACUGGCUGUACUGGGUUCCUGCACAGUACGUAGACGCAAUCAAAGACGCAAUCCUGGGCAAAUGGCAGUAUUUUUGACACGCCGAAAGUGUUAAGACAAUUUUUACUCAAACGAACUUUUUACACUGUGAAAAUAGCGUUACUCUGUGUUUUUUGUACAAAAUCGUAUAUACAAUUUCCGUGAAAGUUGUUGAA